UCAAAAUACGCGAUGACAUAACAGUGUCGUGCGCUGUUCGUAAAUUAGAUUAAUUAUUUUUAUUAAAUAUAAUCAGUGUAAAUGAAACGUACCUGAAUGUUACUAUAAUAUAAAAUCUACAAUUAAAUAAACUAGCAUCCAUGUCGUAUGCAUUACUACGGCAAAUACGCCGUACGGCGUUAUUAUCACAACAAAUACGAACUGAGAGUACCAUGACCAACCUAACCCAGGAAGCAAUCCUAUUUCGCCCUCCAUUUACACAAUGGGGCAAAGUUAUAAGAGAAGCAGAGAAAAUAGUUGGAUAUCCAACUUCUUUCAUGAAUUUACGAUGGUUGUUGAGUGAUGAAUUUGCCAAUUUGGCGAUGCAUUUGCGAAAAGUUGUAGACACCAAUCACCCCAUCAUCAAAACAGCUAAAUCGGUCAUAUACAAUGAACACAAUAACCUUCAACCAUGGGGUCUCGUUAUUUUGCUACUUUCUAAAGCUGUAACCCCCUCAAUAACAGAUAUAAAAACAAGCCAAAUAACGGAAAACCAAAGAAUAUUGGCUGAAUUGACAGAAAUGAUACGUACAGGGCAUUACGUACACCGUGGACUACUAAACAUAAGUUUAUCAGAGAGAGCCACUGUGGCUGACACUACAAUGUUUGCGAAUAAAAUUGCAAUACUAAUAGGUGAUUAUUUACUCGUGACCGCAAAUGGGAUGUUGGCGCGGUUGAAGAAUCAGGAUUUAUCAUAUUUAAUAUCAACAGCAUUAAGGGAUAUAAGUGAAGGAGAGUUCUUUGGUGAGAGGGACUCACAGAACAUGCCGUUACCUGGAAAACCAAUAAGUAAACUGUUGGAUAACUUCCACAUAAACAGUGACACGUUGCCUUUAGAUGUUACAGAUACGUUAGGCUCACCAAUUCGCGAGUGGACGUUAAGGACUUUGUACAGUGGUGGUUCUCUGUUUGGUCGUGGGUGUCAGGGUGCUGUUUUACUUGGGGGUCGAGGGUUGGAGGAGCAGGAGAUAGCGUAUCUAUUCGGUUGCCACUUAAGUCUCGCAUGGCAGGCUGCGAACGAAUUGCAGAGAAUAACGUCAGAUACAAAAGAAUCGUAUUCUUUAGUAAGUGCACCAGUGCUAUUUGCUUUAUAUGACAAUCCAGAUUUGUAUGAUAUCAUUGAAAAAGGUAAGGAGAAUAUUACUAAUAUAGAUUUAGAAGAUUUUAAACUGGAUAUUCUGAGAACAGAUGCCGUUGAGAGAACAAGAUUGUUGUAUACAGAAAACGCUAAUAAGGCGAAGGCUUAUGCAGAAAUGUUUGGUGACAAUGAACCUGUAGACACAAUUAAAAGGUUAAUAAAUACUAUUUAAUUGUCUAUGAAAAUAGUAAAUAUAAAUUUUGUUAUUUUGUUUUUAUAAGUCAUAGACAUAUUUAGAUAUUGUGAUUGGUUGAUAAUGGUUAACAUAAAAAAAAUAGUAUUUUUAGGUCCCCUAGUAUUGAAUUGACGAAAAGAAAGAUAUCAUGGAAUCCUCGUGUGAGGUAAAUCCUGGAUUCUUAUCAACAGAGGGAUAGAGUGUUAAUAUAUCACUAACUAUUAUUGUACUACCAGUAUAUAACUUCUAAGUUGAAAAAUAUAAAAGAAAGACAAUAGAUAUAUAAUACAAUAAGUUCCUAUUGGAAAGAGAAUGUGUAAAUUGUAUAAAUUGUAAUUAUGUAAAUACAAAAUAUGUAUAUACUACAUAACAAAAAUAAUUACAAAGAUGAAUGUAUAAUAAGCUUAUGAUAAAAUAAAAAAAUUGGGUUUUAAAACCAUUUAAAAACUUUUCCAAAUAUCAAUGGUCAGGAUAAUGCUCUAAAUCUUGAAUGAAAUAAAAAUUAUUGACCCCAGAAAAAUUAAACUGAGAAAUAUCAGAGGUGGGAGAAAAGACAUAAUUACCUACUUUAUUAAUUAAAAUGUGCAUAUUACAAAUUGAUAAACAAAAUAAUAAUAAUAUAUAAUGACCAGAAAUAUUGAUUAGUAACCAAUAAGAGACAUAUAAUUAAAUUCAAAUGAUGAUACUGCUACAGUGUUGCCACACAAAAAUAUUAAAUAUAAACAUUAUUUCCAAAUUUGAAAUCUUAAGAAAAAUUUUACUCCAACCGACUGGAUCAUCACUCUGAUAAUGCCGUAUGUUCCUAGUGUCAUUUUUUUUCUCUAUUUAUUUAUUACUAUUACAAACUAUGUGCAUAAUACAAUUAAGAAGACUUUUUUAUUGUGUUCUCAUUAAUUUUAUUUGUUGUUGUUAUUCGUGAAUUGUUAUUUGUGAAUUAUUUUUACAUGAUUAUGACCAGUA